AUGCAGAUCUUCGUCAAAACCCUCGCGGGAAAGACCAUUACCUUGGAGGUCGAUAGUUCGGAUAUCAUUGAUAACAUCAAAGCCGAGAUUCAUGACAAGAAAGGUAUUCGACCUGAUCAGCAGAGGCUCAUUUUCACCGGAAAGCAGUUGGAAGAUGGCAAAACCCUAGCGGACUACGAUAUUCAGAGGGAAUCGACCCUUCAUCUCAUCCUCCGUCUCCGUGGUGGAAUGCAGAUAUUUAUCAAAACGUUAACGGGAAAAACGAUCACCCUGGACGUUGAAACUUCUGAUACGAUUUACAAUCUUAAGGCUAAGAUACAAAAAAAGGAAGGGAUCCCUCCAGAUCAGCAGAGGCUUAUCUUUUCCGGCAAACAGCUAGAAGAUGGGCGUACUCUUGCUGAUUACAGUAUUCAGAAGGAAUCCACGUUGCAUCUCGUCCUCCGUCUUCGUGGCGGGAUGCAAAUCUUUGUCAGAACGCCAAUGGGCAAGACCAUUACUUUGGAAGUUAACAGCUCGGAGACAAUUGGUAAAAUGAAGUCGAAGAUUGAGGAAAUAGAGUGGAUUGAACCGCAACAUCAGCUUUUGACCAUGGAAGAGAAGGCCCUCGAGGGUUCUAGAACUUUGGCUGAUUAUAAUAUCGAAAAAGAAUCUACAUUGCACUUGAGUCUUUGGUUGAGAGGAGAUAUGCGGAUUUUUGUUAAGACUUUGACAGGGGAGACUAUCUCAUUGGUGGUGGACAGCUCUGAGACCAUUGGUAAUGUGAAGAAAAAGAUUCGUAAGAUAGAUGGGACUCCAAUUUCUCGAUAUAGUUUGAUCAUUGCUGGAAAGAACCUAGACGAUGGUAGAACUUUGAGAGAUCAAAACAUCCAAAACGGAUCUACAUUGCACACGACUCUGAGGUUUAAAGCAGGAGGUGAGAUGCAGAUUUUUGUUUGGACUUUGACAGGUAAGACCAUCUCACUAGUGGUGCACAAGCAUGAAAACAUUGGUGAUGUGAAAGAAAUGAUUCAGGAAAGAGAGGGGAUUCUACCUUGUCAACAGCGGUUGAUUUUUAAAGGAAGUCAACUCGAUGAUGGAGGCAUUUUUCAGAUUUUAAUUAAGACAUUUAAAGGAAAGAUCAUCACGCUGGAGGUGAACAACUCGCAGACAAUUGGUGAUGUGAAAGCAAAGAUUCAGGAGAAAGAGGGUAUUCCAUGGCGUCAACGGCUUUUGAUCAUUGAUGGAAAGAUCCUAGAGGAUGAUAAAACUUGGGAGGAUCAUAACAUCCAACAUCGGUCUAGAUUGGAACUGGUUGUGAGGUUGGGAGGAGAUACUACGCCAAUUUUUGUUAAGACUUUGACUGGGAAGACCAUCAAGCUGGAGAUGGAGAGAUCAGAGGACAUUGAUACUGUGAAGUCAAAGAUUCAGGAAAUAGAGGGGAUUCCGCAUCAGCAACGUUUGACCAUUGCUGGAAAGAACCUUAAAGAUGAUGUAACUUUGAAGGAUUAUAACAUCAAACAAGGAUCAACAUUGGAUCUGUUUAUGAGGUUGGGAAAAGGUAAUAUGCGGAUUUUUGUUAAGAUUUUGACAUGGAAAACCAUCAGCCUGGAGGUGGAAAGCUCGGACACUAUUGAUAGUUUGAUGGAAAUGAUUGAGGAGAAAGAGGGAAUUCCAGUUGAUCAGCAGGAGCUUAUAUUUGAUGGGAAGAAACUAGAUGGGUGGACUUUGGCUGAUAAUAAUAUUGAGCAGGAUUCUACUCUGAACCUUCUCCUGCGAUUAUGGAACCUUUAUUUUGUAUACAAAGCUGAAGAAGAAAGGAGAGCGACUGAGGGGCAAAGGAUGGAUGAAAUUCAGUGA